GAAAACAAGGGAAGUCAGGAAAACACAAUGGAAGUGUGUGGUGUCCCGCCGGAGCAGGAUAAGACCAAGGGUUUCUCCAUUAAUGACAACGCCGACCUGCUAGCCGAGAUCCUGAGCCGGCUUGACGGCCGCUCACUGGGUGUGGCGGCUUGCGUGUGCAGGCUAUGGAGUGGAGUGUGCCGCAGGGACACCGUAUGGGAGGCUCUGUGCACGCGCCACGUGUCCGGCGGCGCGGCUACGGCUCGAGCCGUGGUGGCGGCUCUCGGCGGUUACCGGCGGCUUUAUCGGCUUUGCAUGGGGCCGGUGCUGGAGCGGCUCCCGCCGGCUCGGAGAGAUGAAGCUGGACACGUGUCACUAUCUCUUUCGCUCUCGCUCUCACUGUUCUCUAUUGAUUGUUAUGAGCGGUUGGGUGGGAGGCAGAGAUCAUCGUUGCUGUUUUUGAGGAAUACCGUGGAUGUAUCCUAGCCGUUGGAUGUAUAUAUAUUAUAAUUAUUAUAU